AAAACUAAAAAGUCAUAACUCAUAAAGUCAUAACCACUUGUUUGUCGUCGUUUUCUCGUUAAUGUGAAUAUUGAAAAUUGUUUCAUGUUAGUUUUAAAAAACCAUUUUAAUACAUAAGAAUGGCUCGCGAUCGCAGCCCAGAGCGUAGGCGCUCAAGAUCCAGGGAACGCCGUGAGCGAGAUCGACAUGAUGAGCGGGAUUCUCACCGAGACAAGAAGCGUAGGGAACGAUCACGGAGCCCUAGAAAGGAGAGAGAACGUUCUCGUAGUCCAGUCAGGAAAGAUAGAGAUCGUUCACGAAGCCCUAGAAAGGAGAAGGAAAGAUCUAGAAGUCCAAACAGGAAAGAUAGAGGACGGUCUAGAAGCCCUAAAAAACGCGAUGGGAAGGAGAAGGACAGACGUUACGAUGAAAAAGACAAAAAUAAGUCAAAAAAAGAUAGUGAUAACAAACAAGAUAAAGAAGAAGAGGAACAAGUUGAUGAGAAAAAGGAGGAUAUAAAACCAAUUAAAAAGGAACCACUGUCGUUGGAGGAAUUACUUGCAAAAAAGAAAGCUGAAGAAGAAGCUCGAAGCAAGCCAGUGUUUUUAACAAAAGAACAGCGUGCAGCAUUAGCAUUGGAGAGACGUCGCGAGCAAGUUGAAGCAAUGAGGGCUAGUGCUUCUAGACCAACCAUAGCAACAAUAGACCUAACAGGUUCAAAGAGGGAUGAAGAAAAGAAGCAUAGGGAAGAUAGAGAAAAGGAAAGAGAACGUGAACGUGAAAGAGAGAGGGCAGAGAGAGAGCGAGAGAGAGAAAGAAGAUACGAAGAGAGAAAAUCAAAUGCUGAGCGUAAGAAUGAUGAUAAGAAAGAAAAGGAAGAAGAAUUAACUGGCAAAGAUAAAGAAAGAGAAGAGGAAGCAAUUAAAGCCCGGUAUCUUGGUAUAGUGAAGAAGAAAAGGCGAGUAAGGCGUCUUAAUGACAGAAAAUUUGUGUUUGAUUGGGAUGCAUCCGAAGACACUUCAAAUGAUUAUAAUACUCUAUACAAAGAGAGGCACCAAGUACAAUUUUUCGGUAGGGGUCAUAUUGCUGGUAUUGAUAUAAAAUCUCAGAAAAAAGACUACAGUAAGUUCUAUGGUAAUCUUUUGGAAAAGAGACGAACAGAACUUGAAAAGGAGCAAGAAAAAUUGAGAUUGAGGAAAGUUAAAAAGAAGGAAGACAAACAAAAAUGGGAUGACAGGCAUUGGUCAGAGAAAGACCAUGAUGAAAUGACUGAAAGAGACUGGCGUAUAUUUAGAGAAGAUUACAACAUUACAAUUAAGGGAGGUAAAAUACCUAAUCCAAUUAGAUCUUGGAAGGAAGCAGGCUUCCAUGAAGAUGUUAUGGAAAUUAUUAACAAAGUUGGCUACAAAAGUCCAACACCCAUUCAAAGACAAGCUAUUCCUAUUGGCUUACAAAAUAGGGACAUUAUCGGUGUUGCUGAGACAGGUUCAGGUAAAACACUCGCCUUCCUCAUCCCCUUGCUUACUUGGAUUCAAUCAUUACCAAAGAGUGAAAGAAUGGAAGAUGCAGACCAAGGUCCGUAUGCCAUCAUUUUGGCGCCAACUCGAGAAUUGGCUCAACAGAUUGAAGAAGAAACUAAUAAGUUUGGUAUUCCCCUGGGCAUUACCUCUGUGGUAGUUGUUGGUGGUCUCUCAAGAGAAGAUCAAGGUUUCAAAUUGAGAUUGGGUUGUGAAAUUGUCAUUGCUACCCCUGGUCGUCUUAUUGAUGUAUUGGAAAAUAGAUAUUUAGUACUCAAUCGCUGUACCUAUGUUGUCCUUGAUGAAGCCGAUCGUAUGAUAGACAUGGGUUUUGAGCCGGACGUUCAGAAAAUCUUAGAAUACAUGCCUGUGACAAACAUUAAACCUGAUACUGAUGCGGCUGAAGAUGCUUCAGUGUUAUUAGCAAAUUAUAACACCAAAAAGAAGUACAGACAAACUGUGAUGUUUACAGCUACUAUGCCGCCGGCAGUUGAACGCUUAGCCCGUAGUUAUUUACGACGACCAGCAAUCGUAUACAUAGGAUCUGUUGGUAAACCAGUAGAUAGAACAGAACAAGUUGUGUACUUGAUAGGUGAGAACGAGAAACGAAGAAAACUCACCGAGAUCUUACAGCGUGGCGUCGAACCUCCGAUCAUAAUAUUCGUCAACCAAAAGAAAGGUGCCGAUGUACUUGCUAAAGGCUUGGAGAAGCUUAGUUUCAAUGCAUGUACGUUGCACGGAGGUAAAGGACAAGAACAGCGUGACUUCGCUUUGGCCAGUCUUAAAAAUGGUUCGAAAGAUAUACUGGUCGCGACAGACGUCGCCGGUCGUGGUAUCGAUAUCAAAGACGUCAGUAUGGUCAUCAAUUACGAUAUGGCUAAGUCCAUAGAAGACUACACGCAUCGUAUCGGUCGUACGGGUCGUGCUGGAAAGACCGGUAAAGCUAUAUCAUUUGUUACAAAAGAAGAUUCGGCGAUAUACUACGACCUCAAACAAGUACUGCUUUCGAGUUCAGCAUCUACGUGUCCACCGGAACUAAUGAAUCAUCCUGAUGCGCAACACAAGCCUGGUACCGUCGUAACGAAGAAGCGCCGAGAAGAAAUGAUAUUUGCUUAAUUGUUCUAUUUUUACAAUAAGACACAUUUUUCAUUAAUAAACAUUUUAAUUCAU